UGUGACCUCAAAAAAUCACCUUUCCUUUUGUCUUUGUGAUUGGAAUAAUACUAGUGGUACCUAUCUGAGGUUAUUAUUAUUAUUGUGAGAACUCAAUUAAAAACACACGCGGAAUAGUUUCUGGCACACUGUAAGCCCUAGAUUUGCUAUACGUAGGUGUAGAUACCGGAGUCAAAACUCGUUAGCUUCGGCCUGCUGUCGUCCGAUUACUGGGUUUGACUGUACUUAUUGCAAGAGAUUAUUAAACAAAACACGAAGUUGUAGUAUUAUUAGAAAAGUAAUGAGACAUCUGAAUGUUUGGAAAACAGUGGAAUUGGGCUGAUUACUGAAGCUUAUUUUCUCAGUCCACGGAAAUUUUUACAUUUUGACUUUUUUCUUACAAUGACUUCCUUUCACAAAUUACUGACUGGCACUUACAUUCAUAGAAACUUCCUGAAGCCAAGGGCUGCCUUGCAUCCAUUUAUAGGUGUUCACUUUGUACACUGUUCUUCCAGUCCUCUUCAGAAACAAGAGGCUCCUGUUGACAGAGUCUCCCAGCAAAGGAAGACUGAAGAGAGUUUACAAGAGGGUCACCACAAAGAGGUUGCUUUGGAUAUAACUUCUCCUGACAAGAAACCUGAAGUUAGUUUUGAUAAAGCAAUUAGAGAUGAAGCAAUAGAACAUUUAAAGCUUUUGAAAGAUGAAAUUAUGGCUCAUUGGAUAGGUCCAGAAGGCCGCCCAAUACAAGAGGUCAUAAUGGAGCAAGCCAGGGUUGUCUGGCAGUUUCGUGGAAAAGAAGAUUUGGAGAAGUGGAUAGUGACUUCUGAUAAGACAAUUGGAGGCAAAAGUGAAAUAUUCUUGAAAAUGGCCAAGAACAACCAAAGUGCCCUGCUCUAUGGGACGCUGAGCUCUGAGGCACCUCAAGAUGGAAAAAGUACCCAAAGUGGGUACUGUGCAAUAGUAUCCAAGAUUCCAAUGGGGGCUUUUGUGAGGAGGCGGUCUUACGAUUGGUCCCAGUUCAACACUCUGUAUCUCCGAGUCCGUGGGGAUGGCCGGCCUUGGAUGGUGAAUAUCAGGCAAAACACAGAAUUUCUCCAGAGAAAAAAUCAGAUGUACAGUUACUUCAUGUUCACUCGUGGGGGGCCCUACUGGCAGGAAGUCAAGAUUCCUUUCUCCAAAUUUUUUUUCUCCAAUCAAGGAAGGGUGCGAGAUUUCCAGAGGCCACUUAUAGUUGACAAGAUCUCUUCUAUAGGACUCACCCUGGCAGAUAAGGUGGAUGGACCAUUCUUCCUGGAAAUAGAUUUUAUUGGUGUGUUUACUGAUCCAGCCCAUACAGAAGAACUUGCUUAUGAGAGUUCUCCAGCUGUUAACCCAGAUCUUUUCAGAUAGAGAACUGGGGCAGAUUUGAGUAACACUGAGUACUGGUCACAAAUACAAAAUAAAGCCUUUCUGUCUGCCA